AUGUCUUCCACUUCGCAAACCGAGACUGGAUACGAUCAUGGUAAUCUUCGUCAUGUGGUUAUCACUGCGACUUGUUUCGCAUUUAUCUUGUCCACCUCAGCAGUUGGCUUUCGCAUUAUUUCCCGAAAGGUCAACGGGUCUGGCCUCUUCGCGGACGACAUUCUUAUGAUUUUCGCAUUGCUUUUUGAGUAUGGAAUCACCAUUGCGGGCGUUGUUUUGCUAUACAAUGGACUGGGAACACAUAUCCAAUAUGUCCACCCCGACCAGCUGGUGGUUUACUUGAAGACGCUCUUUACCGGCUCAAUCCUUUACACCAGCUGUAUCGCAUGCAUCAAGCUAUCUAUUCUCAUGCUAUACCGAAGACUGUUCCCAACAAAAUUAAUGAAAGCCGGCGUCAACAUAGUUGGCCUAAUUGUCAUUCUAUGGGCAGCAUGCGGUAUUCUCGCCGGCUGCUUCAUCUGCCUGCCCACCAAGAAACUCUGGCUUCCCACCACACCAGGCGCCUGCAUGGAUUUGGGGAAGUUCUACUACGGUCUCCAGAUUCCAAACAUCGCCACUGACGCAAUAAUUCUCGUGAUGCCUAUGCACACUGUCUGGAAUCUCCCCAUUUCACGUGCGCAGAAGACAGCUCUUUCUGGAAUUUUUGUCGUGGGUCUACUGACUUUGAUUUUCGAUAUCGUUCGUCUUGUUGCCCUCAUUGACCUCUCCAAGGCCGGAGACGAUAUUACCUACACCCAGGUUAACUCGAGUGUGUGGACAUGCAUUGAGCCUGCCGUUGGUAUUGUGGCUAGCUGCCUGUCCAACAUGCGUCCCUUAUUCAAGGCCGUACAUGAGAAGGUUUGGAGCCGCUUCUCUAGUCAGGGCAGCACUGCCAAUGCUAGCCAACAGGAAAUCGCGGGCGAGAAGGGCGAUUGGGUUCGUAGAACUCCAAGCCUCGGCGACAAUGGGACUCAAAACUCUGAAAACGAUUAUCAAAAUCAUAGCCCAUCCCCUCAAAAUCACAAUCGGAGUCCUGCUUAG